UUUUCCAGCCCAUUAAAUAACUUUUCCAAUCUACGAAGGAUACGCUCUUCCACACGCCAUUCUGCGUCUUGAUCUCGCAGGCCGUGACCUCACUGAUUACCUCAUGAAGAUUCUGACCGAGCGUGGUUACUCAUUCACCACCACAGCAGAGCGAGAGAUCGUGAGAGACGUGAAAGAGAAACUCGCUUACAUAGCGCUCGACUACGAGCAAGAGAUGGAGACGGCGAACACUAGCUCAUCCGUUGACAAGAAUUACGAGUUACCCGACGGACAGGUGAUCACCAUCGGAGGGGAGAGGUUCAGGUGCCCCGAGGUUCUUUUCCAGCCGUCUUUGGUCGGGAUGGAAGCUGCUGGGAUCCACGAGACGACUUAUAAUUCGAUCAUGAAGUGUGAUGUCGAUAUCAGGAAGGAUCUGUAUGGAAACAUUGUGCUCAGUGGUGGAACCACGAUGUUCCCUGGGAUUGGUGAUAGGAUGAGUAAAGAGAUCACUGCUUUGGCUCCGAGUAGUAUGAAGAUUAAGGUGGUUGCUCCACCGGAGAGGAAGUAUAGUGUUUGGAUCGGAGGAUCCAUUCUAGCAUCACUCAGUACCUUCCAACAGAUGUGGAUAGCAAAGGCUGAGUAUGAUGAGGCAGGGCCAUCUAUAGUCCACAGGAAAUGCUUUUAGAUUACCCUCGCCGUUGGAUGAAAGAUUGUUUCGUAUUGGAAUAUAUGUUCAACGAGUUGGUUUCAGAAUAUUCUUUUCCUUUACUACAUUUGUUUCUUGUUGUCACUCUCUUUUUGUUUCUGCCAUUAAUUUAAAAAAGAGAUUUGGCGUUUUUCAUA